GCAAUGCAUCAUGAGUUAUUUUCUGGUGGUUAGCAGAACACAUGGAGAGACUGUACUGACGCAGUACCAGAGAUUAAGAGAAGAGCAGUUACUGUUCGAUAUCGUGCUUGUUGCUGAUGGCACAGAGUUCCCUGCACACCGAAGUCUCCUUGCUUGCUCCAGUGAUUAUUUUCGAGUGCUCUUUAAGGAUUACACGAGGGAGUCCAAGGCCAGCGUGAUCCACCUGCAGGUCGUGUCCUCUACUGGGCUCCAUCAUGUGCUUGAUUUCAUCUACACCUCCUGGCUGUCCCUUUCUCCCGAGACUUUAGAGGACACCUUGGAGGCAGCCAGCUACCUGCAGGUCACUGAAGCCAUCGGGCUCUGCGGCCAGUACAUCACCAACAACCUAAGCCUGGAGAACUGUUGCUUUUUCGCCAAUGUUGCUUCCAGGUUCGGCCUUCGCGAUGCACUCUCUGCCGCAAACAGAUACAUCAGCCGCAACCUGUGCAGGCUGCCCCAGUGCAGCUCGGACUCUGAAACACAGCUCGACUUGAACCCGGAGUCCAUGAUGGCGGUUGUGGGUUCGGAUGACAUGCCCAGAGUCACAGAGCUCCAGCUACUUGUUCUGGUGCUGGAGUGGCUGAAGAACAAUCCGCUCUCCGUCGUUCACAACAAUCUGUUACUUGGCAAAAUUAGGUAUGGUCUCAUCCCGGUGGAAGAGCUUACAAACCUUUACUCCCAGAAUGAGGUGCUGCAGACCGCCUACAUAAAGAGCCUGGUUUUAAAUGCAAUGCGCUACCAUUCCUUGAGCCACCAGCAACCCCUGAACCAGUGCACACAAAGCACCCUGCGGACCCAGAGGAGGCAGAUCAUUCUGGUCGGGGGAGGAACCCUGAGAGACGGGCUUGUAGGUGAGGUUCUGGCUUUUAAUCCAUACUUCAAGACAUUCAGAGCCAUCACAGACCUCAAAAGGAAAGUUCAGAACCACUGUGUUUGUGUGGUCAGGAAUUUUCUGUACGUGCUGGGAGGCGAGGUCGUCCAGGUUAACGACAAUGAGAAGCUGGCUACCACGCUGGUCACUAACCAGGUCUGUCGAUACGAUCCAAGGUUUAACAGAUGGUUGGAGACUGCAGGGAUGAUCGAAAAAAGGGCAAGAUUUUCCUGCUGCAUAGUAGAGGACAACAUAUUUGCCAUUGGUGGUAGUCGUGGGAUCAAUUCUUUGCAUUCUUCAGUGGAGGUCUACGACAUUAACACAGACAAAUGGGAGAAAGUCAGAGACCUUCCGCAAAAAAUGCAUGGCCAUGCCUGCACCGUGUACAAGGACACCAUUUACAUAUCCGGUGGCAUGCAUGAAAAUCACAUGGAGAGCAGCAAAGAGGUGUACAGUUUCAAUCUACUUGACGGGCUGUGGAAGAAACGAGCAGCCAUGUCAAUUGCACGCUUCGGGCACCAGAUGGCGACAAUGAAGGAAAAGAUCUUUGCCUUUUUAGGAAUGUACGAACCCUUUUGUGACAUAGAACGUUACGACCCAGUGGAGAAUCAGUGGACAAGGUUACGCCCAGUGCUGUACGAUCGGUUUUGCUAUGGCAUGGCUGUCAUUGACAGCAGCGUGUUAAUGAUUGGUGGAAAGAAGUGGCACAACUCUCAAGAAGUGGCUACCCAGAACGUUAUUGAAUACGAUGUGGACCGCGAUAGCUGGAAAGAAGUUUGUAAACUGCCCUGCCCUCUCUAUGGAUUGCAGUGUGCUGUGCUGCAGCUUCUAGAGGUGCCACAUGCUUAAAGGACAUUGCACACUUUCUGAAAGGAGUGCUAACCAGUUUAUUGACCUGGUAUUAGCUUCAUUCACAUUAUUACUGGUCUUUCGAUCGUGCAGAGCAUCUUUUGGUUUUUCACUUGUGUAGGUAUGCAAAUAUUUCACAGACAAUGCUAGAGAUCAACUGCUGCAUCCUGGUGGCUGUGCUGUAGGUCACAUAGUCUGAUUGGAGCUAGAUCAUUGCAGUAGAGUUUGACCUACAACACCUGAAGCAAUUAGGGAAAGUAUUUUCAUACAGGUGUAUAGUGUUGUCUUUGAAAUAUCUGCAUAUUCCUAAUUGAAAAUACAAGCACCACAGAUACAGUAAUAUUGCUAG